AUGUCCUUACAGCGAGUAAUCCAAGACAUCAAGCAGCUCUCUAUCCUCAGUGCCUCCAGUAGGGCUUCACCAGCGGAGCAGCAGCAACUUGCUUCUAAAUGGAACAAACUAGUUGGGGAGUUCAUCGGUGAAAUUGACGGCAAAAACUCCUUUACUAGGGAGACCGGACGAGGUCGUCGAGUGUCUCCUAUGAGCCUGUCUCGAGCGAUGCAAGAUGUGGCCAAAUUUGCUCCACGAGCAGGGUACCCGCUGGUCACAGCUAUUCUCCCGCAUAUCUUGACUGAGCGCAAGCAGGAGCUGCUCCCUGCAUUGCCUGAGUUUGGCCCUGUUGACCUGGCGUACAUGUCUAACAGUAUAGCCAAUAUCAUUACAACCUGUAGCGUAAGCGACUCUAGUGCGCUGCUGAAGAGAUUCGGUCAGCAAGUAGGAGAGUACUUCUCAAAGCCGGGACGCUUGGAGGCCGUCCCUAUCUACAGUCUGGUUACGCUCACCAACGCUCUCAAUAGACUGGGCUACGAUGGUGGUGUCUCUCGGCGGCGCGGCGCCAGCGAAGAUCUCUAUGCACGUUUCGAUCGUCUGUGCUGCGAGAAGAUAGAUUCGAUGAACGCCAGCGAUAUAGCAGUAGCCCUGCAGUCGUUCCACAACGGUGGGUGUCGGCAUGCUAAGCCCUCCUCUGACUUGCUCGGGAAGGCCGCUGGUCGUCUCAAAGGAGAACUCCGUCAGCAAAUACCCUCGAAAAGCCUAGCGCAGUUGCUGAACAUCUUCGUCACUUUCGGCUACAAGCAGGACCGGGAGCUCCUGCUUCUGCUAUUCGACGGUGUUUUAUCUACACCUGUUGAAGAAUUAGAGAUCUUCUGCGCCCCUUUGGCACUAAACUCUCUCUCUAAGUGCUCCCAAACAGUCGAUGAAGGUGUCGACUCUGGGGUGCUGCCUUCCACUGCUAUCGUUUUCAACCUGGCCACUAAGCACAUUCUACCACGACUGAACGACCUAGGCCCUUGCCAGAUCGCCAAUGUGGUCAACGCGUUGGGCAGUUUGAAGGUCUUUGACUAUCGUCUCCUCACGGGCAUGUCUCAUCUGAUCGCCAAUAGCGAUGGAGGCCACACUGUGCCGCUGCGGACCUUCUCCUUCCAAGAGCUCAGUAACAUAUCCCAUGGUUUUGCCAAGAUUGCGUACGGUAGUAGUAACCUCUACAUUGCCCUAUUCGAGGAAGCCAGCCGGCGAGAGAAGGACUUCGACGCACAAGGGGUGUCUAUGUUUCUUGAUUCGGUGAGGAGAGUGGCCAAUAGAUGGUACAAUGGAAUGCUCAGAGACCCCAACCGGCCUGGGCCUCAGCCAGGUCUUCAGUACAUUCCUCGUGCUCUCAUGGAGGCCAUCUCUAAAUUGCUCAAGGCAUGUGAGGCUUGGUCUAUCGGACGUUUGACGGCGGACAGUGGUGGGGGCAUUGGCGUUCAGUCAGCCACACAGAUCUUGCUGUGUCUGGUUGAGCUGGGUCGUGGCAGUAUGGCGUCUACGUCCCCUUUAUCGAAAUGUUUCGGCCUAGCCUCUGAGAAGGGGUCCGAAGUGGCUGGUGACAGACCGUCGGUGCCCAAGCUGUUGCUGGCCUCGUUGAAGGGCCGUGCAGAUCGACUCACUAAGGAGCAAACCAGGCAUAUAGCGCAUGCAGCUCGACGCUAUCAGGCUUGCGAUACGGGAGCAUAUCGGACGCUACCAUCAGACGUGUUGCGCUGGGUGGAGGAUAUACAGCGUGAAUUCCCGGCUGGACCGAGGAGCAGCCGAGCCACUGUGACAUCGUGA